GAACUAGAAGGACCACACAAUUUUAUUUGAUUUUAUGGAAGGGGAAUGGUAGAUUGCUAGUCAUAUCAAUAUCUUAAAUCUUCUUUAUGGUAGAAGUUACAAGAAGGAGAGUAAUUGUGACCCUACUCCAUGAUUUAAGGGGCAGUAGUUAAUUUAAGUUCUUUUGUACUCUUCUGCAGGAAAAUCUUAAUUGGACAUGCUACAUUUAUAUAAAGAGAGUAAAACUCUACACAUCAAAUUGAUUGAUCACAAAAUGCAUGAACAAGGAAAAAAAGAACAUCUUAUGUAUUGUCAUUCCCCACUAUAAAGAUAACUCUAUUCUUAUAUCUAUCGUCUAUGAAGGGGAUGACUUAUCAGGACAAGCUUGACUAAGAAACUUUUUUAGUUAAAUUCCCUUCGUCAUCAUUAGGUAUACUUUAUAGAAAUCACUUUAUGUGCGACUUUCAGUUUUCAUAUCCCUUUAUUUGACAAGUUUUCAGUUAACUAAUGACAUUUUUGUAUAUAUUUUAUACUUGUCUAACUACUGGAAAAUCUGUAGCCUGAUUCUGUGGGGGCUUUAUAUACUAUUACAAAGAUCAAAUUAUAUAUUUAUAUGGGGCAAACCUAAAAUUGUAUGUACAGCCAUAAAAGUGUAAAUGCUCCCUUGGAUUUUAAGGUACUAUUGUCCAUUUAAGUGUCUGUUGGUAAAGGGAGCUCAGACGAAAAACUUUUUUGUCACAUUGAAAUGACAUGGUGAUAAGUGAUAAGGCCAAAUAUGAUUUUUCAUUUGACCAAUUAAAGGUUACUAGAUAUCACACACAUCAGCAUCAUAAAGAUCACUCUACUAGUGCAUAAACAGUGACACCAAAAUCUCCUUUUAUAUAUGGUUCUUUAAAUUAAAACACAAGAUAUGCCUAAGAUCAUUGAGAGAGAAAAGGAAAUAAUUAGAACAUAGGACAUGAUGGAAAAUUCCUCGUGUUCUGAAUAUUGGCCUGAGGCUGAAACUGAGACUCAUUUUCAACAAGUUGGUGCUGCUUCACCUUUUCUAUUUCCAUUGGUUCCAAAUUCUUGUGAUGAUACCUCCUUUCAACUUUAUGAAAAACCUUGUUAUUGGUCUCAACAGUUUGAAGAAGAUACAAGUGCAAGUGCUUCUAGGAGCCAUAGUGAAGCUGAGAAAAGACGCAGAGACAGAAUUAAUGCUCAGCUUUCUACUCUUAGGAAACUCAUUCCCAGGUCUGAAAAGAUGGAUAAGGCAGCUCUACUUAGAAGUGUAGUUGAGCAUGUUAAAGAUUUAAAAGGAAGAGCAAAGGAAAUCAGCAAAGUAUUGAACACUCCAACUGACAUUGACCAAGUAAUAAUUGAGCAUUUAGAUGAGGAACAAAAUUCCAGCAAUAGUAUAAUUCUCAAGGUUUGUGUAUGCUGUGAUGAUCGACCUGAAUUGUUCUCAGAGCUAAACAGGGCACUUAAGAACCUCAAACUAACAACUGUGGAGGCUAAUAUAACUAGUUUGGGCGGCAGAAUUAAGUGCGUUUUCAUGCUUAAGUCCGUUAAUGGUGUUUGCUUGAAUUCACUUAAACACUCUCUUAGUAGAAUUGCUAUUUCCCCUUGUACAUCCAAUUAUCGCAUCAAAAGUAAGAGGCAGAGAUUCUUCUUGCCUCCUAAUUUUUCUUAAUUCUUUUUAUUUAAUCUCCGGUGUUGAUCCAAUUCCGGUGUUGCCUCAUCCUAGUAGGUGUAUUGGACUCGUUCAGCGGGUCUCUGUUUAUUUUUUAUUUUUUAAACAGGUCUGUUUAUUUAAAAUUGUUGCCAAUUUUCAGUCCCUGGUUCAACAUGGUAUA